AUGGCCCCACAUUUGGGACACGACGAGUUCUUCAAAUCUCUUGCAGAUCUGCUCUCCAAAACCUCCCAAAAUCUUCAUGGCUCGGUCAAUCUCACUCAAAAACCUCUCAUCGAUGUGCCCGGCGCCACUACCACAAACUCCCAACCAUCUAUCCUCAUCCGAGCAACUGAUGGAAACACCAAUACACCGAACCCCAAGAAUGCAAGCGAGGCAACCAAGAUCAGCAUGAAAAGGGCAUCAAAGGUCAAGCUCUCGACGAUUGUCAGCCCCGAUGAUAUUGAGGCCUUCUACGUUCGCUAUGCCGAGGUCUGCAAGACAGGAAUGACUGGGUUGAAGAAGCGAGAUCGCCGAGGCCGCAAGGCCAAGACCAAGGGCGGAGCUGCUAAGGUCACAAAAGCAUAG